AUGGCUCUCGGGCCCAAGCACGACAAGGUGGUCGUUCACCCGCUGGUACUCCUCUCCGUCGUCGACCAUUACAACAGAGUCGCGAAGGAUACCAAGAAGCGCGUCGUCGGCAUCCUCCUCGGCUCCGUUUCCAAGGGAGUCGUAGAUGUCACCAACUCCUUCGCUGUGCCGUUCGAGGAGGACGAGAAGGACCCGUCGAUCUGGUACCUCGACCACUCGUACCUCGAGUCCAUGUUCCGGAUGUUCAAGAAGGUCAACGCGCGCGAGGUCGUGAUUGGGUGGUACUCGUCGGGCCCGCGCCUGUGCCACUGCGACAUGGAGGUCCACCGGCUCGUGCAGCGCUUCGUGCCGGACCAGAAGGCCGUCCUCGUCGUCUGCGAGGUCCAGCCGAAGGAACUCGGCCUCCCCGUCAGCGCCUACGUCGCCGAGGAGGACAUCCGCGAGGACGUCAGCUCCGGACACGACCGCACCAUCUUUGCCAACGUCCCCACCGAGGUCGGGGCCACGGAGGCCGAGGAGAUCGGCGUGGAGCACCUCCUGCGCGACGUCAAGGACGCGUCGGUCUCCACCCUCACAGAGGACAUCUCGGCGAAGAUCUCGUCGUUGCGCGGGCUGGUGACGCGGCUGCGCGACGUGCACUCGUACCUCGGCCUCGUCGCCGAGGGCAAGCUCCCCGUCAACCACGAGAUCUCCGGGCAGCUCCAGGACGUCUUCAACCUCCUGCCGAACCUGGCAGUCGACGAGCUCGCACGCGCCCUGGCGCACACCACGAACGACAUGUCGAUGGCGGUGUACCUCUCGUCGCUGAUCCGGUCGGUCCUCGCGCUGCAUAACCUCAUCGACAACAAGGAGACGAACCGCCGGGAGCGCGCGGAGGCGGAGAAGCGGGACAGCAAGGCGCGCGAAGACGCUGUGAGGAAGAAGGGGGAGAAGGAGGGCAAGGGGGAGGGGGAGGGGGCGAAGGAGGGGGCGAAGGAGGGGGAGGCGAACGGGGGCGGUGCGAUGGACACGGACUGA